UUGGCCGCGGUUCAGUUUUUCCCAUGUCAACUCCUCCAGCAGCCUGGGGGGAACUGGGGGGAAAACAAGGACACUGUUCGGACUCCGGCUGGAAAUAAAGCACGCUGCUCUACAACGAGGGCUUACUGGGCUCCCGUCGAUAUGAACCCCCGUGUCUGUGUGGAUCUACACUUUGUUUUAGGCGGAUUCUGUGUGCCGGAGCGGCGCUGUUGACAAACCGGUUGUUAUUGUGGCGCUGAGUCGAGUCGAGGCCGAGGGCCGUUGGUUAACGUUAGUUAGCAUUCACAUGCGUUUCAGCUCGGUUUGUUUUUCUUUGUAAAUGCUUUCCAAAGGAGAACGACAUAAAGGACAGAGUCUUGCUCGGGUCUCCCUCGCUGAAGGACUAUGUUUGCUCGCUGGCUGACGCUUGCACUUAUUCGGGGAAGUUUGUUGGCAGGUCCAGGGCAUGCAGAGGUGGGCACCAGAGAGUGUGUGUACUAUAAUGAUAACUGGCGAGCGGAAAGGACCAAUCAGAGCGGCUAUGAGAGAUGUGAGGGCGAGAAGGAUAAGCGGCAGCACUGCUACGCCUCCUGGCUCAACUCUUCUGGAACCAUCCACCUGGUGAAAAAGGGCUGCUGGCUGGAUGACUUCAACUGCUACGACAGACACGAGUGUGUGGCCACGGAGGAAAGUCCUCAGGUCUUUUUCUGCUGCUGUGAGGGAAAUUACUGCAACGAAAGAUUCACACACCUGCCUGAGGCUCCAGCAGUGAAGAUCCAGCCUCCACCAGCUGGUCCAUCUCUACUGGGUGUGCUGGUUUAUUCUCUCCUUCCGCUGGUCGUGCUCUGUCUGGCCCUUGUGCUUGCCUGCUGGACGUACCACCAACGCAAACCACCCUACGGCCAUGUGGACAUCAUCCAGGAUGCAGGUCCUCCUCCUCCGUCUCCCCUGGUGGGUCUGAAGCCGCUGCAGUUGCUGGAGCUGAAAGCCAGGGGGCGCUUUGGUUGUGUGUGGAAGGCCCAGCUGCUGAGUGAAUAUGUAGCUGUCAAGAUAUUCCCUAUUCAGGAUAAGCAGUCAUGGCAGAAUGAGAGAGACAUUUACCUGACAGAGGGAUUGAGACAUGAGAAUCUGCUUCACUACAUCUCGGCUGAGAAACGAGGGACUAACCUGCAAAUGGAGCUCUGGCUUAUUACUGAGUUCCACGAGAGGGGAUCUCUGACAGAUUACCUGAAGGGGAAUGUAGUGAACUGGGCUGAGCUGUGCCACAUUGCUGAGAGCAUGGCCAGAGGCUUGGCUUAUCUGCAUGAAGAUUUGUCCUACAGGCUGGAGGGACCUAAACCUGCCAUUGCACACAGGGACUUUAAGAGUAAGAAUGUGCUGCUCAGGACAGAUUUGACUGCUGUGAUAGCAGAUUUCGGUCUGGCUGUGCGUUUUGAACCAGGAAAGCCACCAGGAGAUACUCAUGGCCAGGUGGGCACUAGGCGCUAUAUGGCUCCAGAGGUGCUGGAGGGGGCCAUUAACUUCCACAGGGAUGCAUUUCUACGGAUCGACAUGUACGCUCUGGGGCUGGUGCUCUGGGAGCUAAUGUCUCGUUGCACCGCUGCUGAUGGGCCUGUGGAUGAAUACCUGCUCCCUUUUGAGGAGGAGAUUGGUCAGCACCCCUCUCUGGAGGACCUGCAAGAUGUGGUGGUCCAUAAGAAGAUGAGGCCUAUCCUGAAGGACUGUUGGCUCAAACACCCUGGUUUGGCUCAGAUGUGCGAGACGGUGGAAGAGUGCUGGGACCACGACGCAGAGGCUCGUCUGUCUGCGGGCUGUGUGGAGGAACGCAUUGCAACCAUCGCCAAGGCAACCAACACCACUAACACUUCUACCUCUGAGUGCCUGGUCUCCAUGGUAACCUCGGACAGUGACUCAGAACUGCCGCCCAAAGAGUCCAGCACUUGACUCUCAGCCGCUGAACCAGGAGUGAGACCACUUCACCAUGGUUCUGUUUCCAUGACAACUGAAUGGACAUCUUCAAACCUCUCCAACAAUAAUGUGAACUGUGCUGCUGUCCUGAUCUUAAUGUAUUUUCCUUUGGAUGAAUUGUGGAUGUUUUUUGAUGUCCAGUCAGUUUUACCAGCCUCACACUACCUGUCUACUGUACUCCUUUAUCUGGAAAGCACAAACACAACAAGAAAGCUGACACCUCAAAGGGCAUUCAGGUGACCACUUCAAAGUGCUGUAGCAUUAGCACACGUUACCUCCUCUGUUUUUCAUUGUACUUUUAGGAUUUUAUUUUUUAAAGUGAAUUUCCUUUUUUUCUAACUUUAUCUGCCUUCACUCCACAAAUACCUCCAUCCAAGGGACUCCGCCUGUGAAAACCACAUCGCCCGUCUUAAUGCCGCCGUGUUGGAUUAGCCAGUGACUUGGAAACAUGGAGGGGGGGAGCUAAAGACUGUUACCUUCUGUUUGAGAGCGUAAACAUACCUCUCUUUUUACUCAGUGAUCUUUUUAUACGUUUUCUUUUUCUAUGCGUCUUGAAGUGUUGUACUGAAGAGUGGAAUUUCAGAGACAGCGGUUGUCUGAAACACUGGAAUUGUAAGGCAGCAGGACUGUUUUGUUUUCCUUCAGUGUUAGUCUAUCAAAAGCUUAGGUCUCGAUUCAGCUUAUCCUUUGCUAAUCAGGCAGUUUUCAACAGUUUUCAACCGUACAUUCAGAAGUUAUGUUGGUGAAUUGAAUACCAUCUGCAGAUUUAUAGGUUGAUUAAUUGUUUGUGACACAGAAGAAAAUGCCUUUGUGUUCUUAACAUAGUUGCUACAUCUUCAGCAAACAUGAUUUUAAUUCUGCACCCAUGAGUGUAGCCCAAUAGGGCAGGUCCUCUCAGAGCAUACAGGUUAUAUUUAGCUGUGUUGUGUGGUCAGGUGCUGUCUGUAUAAAGAGCAAUAGCAUUGACACAUCAGGAUAAAUGAGGGUGCUUUUUUUGGUGUCUGUUACACUACUCAGGUAAAUGCUAUUGUGUGUAUGUGUGUGUAUGUCUGAAUAGCUGUUAAUCUCACAAGUGUCUGGUGAGCAUAACUAGCUUUUAAUCUCUCACAGCUCUUGGCAAUAGACCUCAGCAGUAGGAAUCUUGUCUGUGUGCUCAGAUUUCACCUCUAUGUCGUAUGCAAUGACUCUGCCAUGUAGCAAAGACUGAAUGUCCAUCGAGCUGCUGUUGUAAUUGGUGAAGGCACUCUGUUCAUACUGCUCCCUUCAGAAACGGCCUGCUCUAGAGGAUAAGUGGUCAGAUUACUUGUCUUACACAGGCUCCACCUGCCAAGGGUGACAAGCUUUACAGAAUUCCAGGAAACAGUCCAGUGAAGCCUAAGAAGUUUAGGUUCAUGCUACAUAACAUUGAUUUAUUCAGUCUGAAAAUGAUACCAAACUGGACUGUUGUAAUACAAAUUUUCCACCACCCUAACCUUAACUGGAUUAUACAACCACUCCUCACCUACCCUAAGAGUGUGAGUAUUCAAAAAUAUUCAAAAUAAAUGUUCUAAAUUUGCAUAUUUUGACAUCAAAGCGUUCAUUAGAUUCAUUGGGUGUUUGCUACUUCUCUGUAAAGCUUGUUCAACCUAACAACAGUUACUACAAAGGCAUUAGUGGGCAGAGCAUAGAUAGCUAGAUCAAUGAAAAUGAAUGGACAGAGAUGCUGAUUUCAGUCAGAUAGAACAACUUCAACCUCAUAAUGUACCACUGUUUUUAUUUUGUUUUUUGGGGGGGUUUUUUUCAGCUUAAUAUUGUUUUGUGGUAGAGAUGUAAUUUAAUGUAUGGCUGCUUUUAUAUGAUUGAGAUUUAUCUUUUUCUUUUUUUUUUUUCUUUUUUUUUUUUUUAAGUGCAUUGAUUUUCUUUUUGUGUGCUCAUGAUGUACCCAGUGUAAAGACAAAGACGUCUGUGUUUUUGUGCAUAAUGAGUUGCCAUGCAGUAGCAGUUACGUUUUCUCAUAUUAUUGUUAAGUUUUAUUAUAUAAAAGGUGUAACCUACCUCAUUGUAGCCACUCUGGAAUAAUGGUGACCUUUCCAAACCCCUUUUGUCUUUUUCAGCUGUUUUGAUUGUAUUUAUGUGCUGUUAUUAUAUCUGUGUAUACAAUAUCCCCAGCCUCUACCUGAGCCAAUUCGAUACUCCUGUCAAUUUCUGUUGACAUCAGGGAUUUGAAUUUCAGUUUAUGAAGUACCACAGUUGUAUGCAGGCUUGUGCCAAAUUGUUUAAGUGUUAACUGAUCCUGAUGCAGGUCAACAGCUACCAGGGCAAUUAAGUUUUUCCUCAACCUUUGAGUAAGUACACUCCAAGCUAAGGAAUAUGAUUAUAAUAUUAAUAAGCCUUCAAGUCAUGAAGGAUUCUACGCUGGACUGGCCAUUUGUCUGAACAUGCAUAUGUAAUGCUUAUUUGCUGCAUCCACCCAAAUAAAUCUCCAACAGUC